UUCAUUUAAGAUGGGCAUUGUUCGCAAGAUAUUACCGCCGAAAGACGCGUCAGAGGAUGCUAUCAAACCUCUGUUUGAGCUCUCCGAUUUCCAGAGGAGAAAGCUGUCGUAUUAUUUUUCAUUGUUAGAUGUAAACGGGGACAAUAAGUUGACUAGUGAUGACAUCACGAAGUUUACUGAGAAGAUGCUCGUGCACUCGGACGUUUCGGAAGAUGCGGAACUGUACGAAGUUGCACAUGACGUCAACCGGAACUUUUACGAGAGCCUGUCCGAGAAAGCGGGUACUACAGACGUGAGUUGCGACCAAUGGUUGGAUAUUUGGGCCGUCAUGAUGAGGAAGUGCAUGUCGGUCGCGCACUUUCCCUACUGGGUGCAGUUGCACUGCAAAAUCUUCUUCGAGAUCAUCGACGUUGACAGAAAUGGUGAAAUAUCAAAGAAUGAACUCCGGCACUACUAUCGGAAUUUCAUCAAGAUUGAAGACGAGUAUGUGGAAGAACAAACCGAAAAAGGAUUCACGGCAAUGACAGCGAAUGGUACUUACCCCUUGAAUCAGGAGUUAUACUACCAGAACUUUGCUAAUUUCAUCUUAGGGAAGGAGAUAUAUGGACCAGGAGAAUAUAUAUUUGGGGUCUUCGAUAUCAAUAGACCAAAAAUACCGUUCCGGAUCAUCCUCCCCGUCGAGACGGAGGAGGAGGAGACCGCCCUCGCCAGCCUCGAUGCCGCCAAGGAGGCACCCCUCCCCAGUGGGCGCCGCAUCUCCGUGACGCGCUCGGGCAAGAUCGCCGUCGCCGACCCGACGGCGCCGCCAGGGGGCGCCGCCGACAAGGUGCGGAGGGUCUCGCAGACGAAGAUCCCGCACGUGCCUCGCAAGCGCGUUGUCAUUCGCGGCCUCGAGCACUGAGCGCGCCCGGGGCGUCGGCGCGCGCGAUACGUCGCCCCCCGCGUAGGGAACGUCCCCCCCCACCUGUAGUAAAAGAUCCCAUGUAACAAACGUUUCCCCUGUAGCAAACGUUCCCCCAUAGUAACCCCCCCCCCUCGGUAGCAAACGUUCCCCCCAGUGACAAAUGUCCUCCCAUAUAGCAAACGUCCCUGACGUAGCAAGUGUGCAUCGAGUUUGCCCCCGCACGUGUGUAUAAGUGUGCGGCCGUACAGGACAGGACAGGACCCCCGAAAUCAUUACAAUAGUAAGUAAAAUACACCGAUUCUGCCUCUGAUCUUUGGCAUUUUGGGGAUGGUCUUUGGUACAUUUUACAAAGGAGGAUGUUUUCGUAAUACGUGCGACGACACAGGGACUAUAAAAUAUCUCAAAAAUCGAAACAAUUGCUAAAUUUUUAAUUUAUAAAGAUUGGGACUAAAACCAUUUGUAAUUACUUUCAGUUAAUUUAAUACUAAGUUUGAAUCAAGAAAUUUUGAAAUGUUGAAGAGAUUUAUUAUUAGUUAUUUUGUUUGUUGUUUGUUAUUUACUCUAUUUCAUACACGUUUAUGACCAAAAUUAUUUGUACUUAUUAACAUUUAAAGAGGCCUGUAAUUAUUAACAUACUAUCGUGAUUUGCAUGAACAAAUUUUCUAUUCUUUAUGCCCAAUAAAUGAGAUUUAAAAAUUGAUGGUACAAAUCUAUCAAUAUAUAUCGAUGUGGUAUAUAUUCUAUUAUGGACUCUUGAUAUAUAUAUAUCAGGAGUAGAUAAUAG